CCUUCCGUUCUCUCACGUACGGUGCCGCGUUUCAUUCUCUCACUCCCCGUAGGUGAACCAAAAAUUCGUCGUGUGGUCUUACUCUUGCUAAUGGCUGCGGCCCGUUGGUGAGAAGCCUUGUCUUGUCUUCUUAGUCUUCUUUUAUCGGUUCUUCCGCUCGCCACGACGCUGCGUGUAGUCUCUCACUUACACCGCUUCAUUGAAACGCGCGAACACACGCACACACAGUAAAGCGGUGAGCCGGUGUAUUCGUCAAAUUGCAACGCUUUUCCACCGAUCGUCAGUAGAAGAGGCAACAUAGGCAGAAGAGGAGAGAUAAAAAAAAACAGAAGAAGCGGAAGCAGCAUCAGCUCAGUAGCAGCAGUAUCCAUUUCUUUCAUUUGUGUGUUACAAGUGUGUGCGUGUGUAUGUACCGUGUCUGGUGCAACGAAAUCAAAGAUAGCCGUGACACGACGCCCCGCGUGUAGUGUGUGUGUGUGUGUAUGUGCGCGCACUGAAAUUAGAAGAGUGAAAGCAGAGCAGAAAGUGUGCGGUGUGCGUGUGUGUGCAAGUGGUGGUGUAACCACGCCGUGAAAAGACAGAGGAAGAAGCAGAAAAAAAAACAAUUUGUGAAGCGAUAAAAUUACUACAAAUUAUUGUACUUUUGAAUUUGCACCUUUGGUUUAACAACUUUCUCGAAACACCGUGUAUACACGCUCAUGAGUGUUUGUGUGUGUGUGUGCUUAAAAGGAGUUACAAAGUGAAUUGAAAACAAACUGUUUCCGGUAAAAACUUUUUUUCUGUAAAGAACAAUUACACACUGCAACUAUUUGUGUCCCAAAACCUACGGUGGAAGGAAGACAACAAAACCAUACGAACGCUCACUGUAAUAUGAGUAAUGCUAUUAACCAAAAUGGUACAGGUCUAGAGCAGCAGUUUGCUGGUCUGGACUUGCAGCAGAAGCAGCAGCAACUUGGCGGCGGCGGAGGCAGCAACCCAGAAUCCGGAAUUCCUAAGCAUCCGGCCGGGCGGUACGUUCCACCGCAAUUGCGAGAAUGUGCUGAUAGUGGCGGCGACUUUCAACCCUCUGAAUCCGGUGCCGGCGGUAUACCAGUAAGCGGCGGCGGCGGUAUCGGAGGUGGAGGUGGCAGACGAGGAUUCGGUGGCGAUUCGAACCGGAAUCGUGGUGGUGGCGGUGGUGACUACGUACGCUACGGCGAUCGUGACUAUCGCGGAGGUGACUACAAUAGACGUAGCGGCGGUGGCGGCGGAGGUGGCCGCUAUCAGAACGAUCGACGCGGCGGCGAUUAUGGCAACUAUGGUCGAGGCGACCGGGGCUACAACAAUGGGCGCGACUUCCAGCGCGGCGGGGACCGCGGGGACGGAGGCUAUCAGAAUACUGAAGGUUACGGAGGCGACCGCCGGGAUAACUGGCCAGCGUACGGUGGUGGCGCUCGUGGUGGUCCGGCUGGUGGACCACCGGCCGGUGGCCGUGAUAGGCCGAUGGAUGGGCCACCACCACAAAACGAUCGCUGGCAGGAGCCAGGACCGGGCUCGAUGGGUCCGCCGGGACCGGGCAGUGUCGGUAGCGGUGGCGGAACGGGACCCGGCGAAGGUGGAGGUGGCGGCGCCGGUGGUCGAUCGUUCUACGAUCGGGGAACAAAUGGCGGGGGAGGCCGUUGGACGGGUGGUUCCGAUCGGCGCGACGGUCGAGGAGGUGGCGGAGGCGGCGGAGGAGGCUACGGAUCCGGACGUGGGCAGAUCGACUAUACGGUUCUCACCGAGCGGGACGAGCGUCUGGAGGCGGAGCUGUUUAAACACGGCAACACCGGUAUCAAUUUCAGCAAGUACGAAGAUAUUCCCGUGGAGGCGACGGGCGAUGACGUGCCCGGGCACAUCAGCAGCUUCGACGACAUUGAGCUGACAGAGAUUAUCGAGAAUAACAUAAAGCUGGCACGCUACGACAAACCGACCCCGGUGCAGAAGUACGCGAUACCGAUCAUUCUGUCGGGACGCGAUCUGAUGGCAUGCGCACAGACGGGAUCGGGCAAGACGGCCGCCUUUCUGGUGCCCAUCCUGAACCAGAUGUACAAGCAUGGGGCCGCACCACCACCACCGAACCGGCCGAUGAAUCGUCGCAAGCAGUAUCCACUGGGUUUGGUACUGGCGCCGACUCGUGAGUUGGCAACUCAAAUUUUUGAAGAAUCGAAAAAGUUCUGCUAUCGGUCGCGUAUGCGCCCGGCCGUACUGUACGGUGGUAACAAUACGCAGGAUCAGAUGCGCGAUCUCGAGCGUGGCUGUCACUUGAUCGUGGCGACACCCGGUCGACUGGAGGACAUGAUCGGGCGCGGAAAGGUAGGGCUGGAUAACAUCCGUUUCCUGGUGUUGGACGAAGCCGAUCGUAUGCUGGACAUGGGCUUCGAACCCCAGAUUCGGCGCAUUGUCGAGGAAAGCCGCAUGCCGGUGACGGGCGAACGUCAAACGCUCAUGUUCUCGGCCACCUUCCCGAAGGCAAUCCAGGAGCUGGCGAGUGAUUUCCUUUAUCGCUACAUUUUCCUUGCCGUCGGUCGCGUCGGCUCGACCUCGGUUAACAUUACGCAGACGAUCUUCUGGGUGGAGGAAAACAUCAAGCGAUCGCAUCUGCUCGAUCUGCUGUCGAACAUAACGGCACAGAACGACGACGAUGCCGAAAACUGUCUUACGCUGAUCUUUGUCGAAACGAAAAAGGCGGCCGAUUCGCUGGAGGAGUUCCUGUACAACCACAGCUACCCGGUCACCAGCAUCCACGGCGAUCGUACGCAGUCCGAGCGUGAGGAAGCGCUCCGUCUGUUCCGUUGCGGCCACUGCCCAAUUUUGGUCGCGACAGCGGUGGCCGCCCGUGGUUUGGACAUUCCGAACGUGAAGCAGGUGAUUAACUUCGAUUUGCCGGCCGAGGUGGAGGAGUACGUGCAUCGUAUCGGUCGUACCGGCCGUAUGGGUAACCUCGGUACGGCAACGUCCUUCUUUAAUGAGAAAAAUCGUAACGUUGCGAACGGGCUGGUGCGAUUGCUCGCCGAGACGGGUCAGGAAAUUCCCAGCUUCCUGGAGGAUAUGACCAAUAGCCGUGGAUAUGGUGGAAGCCGCCGCGGCAGGGUACAACGCGGAGGUGGUGGAUCAACGUUCGGAUCACGAGAUUACCGUCAGCAGAACAAUCCCCGUUCGGGUGGUGGACCGCGCGAUCAUCGCCCAAUGGGUGGUGGUGGUGGUGGCGGUGGCGGUGGCGGCUCCCGUGGUUACGGUGGCGGCGGUGGAGGUGGUGGUGGCGGCGGUGGAUAUGGUGAACGGGAUGACGGUUACGGACGCAACGGCAUUAGUGGAGGAAGCUAUGGCGGAAGCUACAGCAACAACGAUGGAGGCAACGGUGUCGACUGGUGGGGCGAUAGUGGUUACUGAGACGCACAACAGCGUCCAGCAACGCACACUACUAGCUACUACAUGCACCGUAACCAACCACGCUACGAAGUAGUCCCGGUCAGAAAAUAGCAUCAGCAACAGUAGCAACAGCAACAACAUAAAUAACACUUUGCUCUAAGUAAAUAAACACUCUCACGCGCAUUAUACACGAAAACACAAAUAAUACACUUGGAAACGUAUAACAAAUCUGCAUCAAUUCAUUAAAAUUCACACUAAAAACAGUGAACGGGAAGAAAUGAAUGUGUUGAGCGUAGAGGGAAGCAGCAGUGAAGAAAAUAAAUGUAAAACAUUGCUGCGUGGUAGAAGCAAGCCCCCAAGAGUAGCGAAAAGAUGGACGGCGCCAGGUAUAGAAGAAUAUGCAAGAGUCUCACUAAUACACUUCGAUCGCUCUGGAAGACGGUAGGACAAAUUGAGAAAGAAUAUCCGCGACUGGUACGCGCGGAUGAGGAAGCUUGUGUAUGUGUGUGUGUGUGUAGGUGUAUACACUCUGCGAAACAAUGGUAUUGUUCUCUUAUAAGGCAUGCUGAAGCCAGUGGAGCAGCGAACAGCAGUAAGCAGCAGAACUGUUAAACGAAUGAUAAUGGAGAGUGUUUAGCAAAGCAUAAUAGGCACAUAACCUUUUAUUUCUUCUUCUUUUUGCUGGAACAUUGUGUGGGCGCGAGCUUGCUAAUUAUGAAGAGAUCAAAUGUGAGAAUUCACUAGCGUAUGAAGAAAACAAAAUUGUCGGUGUGAGAAUAUAUAGGUAGUAGAGGAUCCAGCAGCAGCAACAACAACAAAAAAGUAGCUAAAACGACGGUAAUUGAUAACACGAUGUGGGCGCGAAAAAAAAAAACUUGGAAAACCCGAUGGCGCUUAAGUUAAGAAACGCAAAUUGUGUGUGAAAUUCUAUCGUAAAAUAUUGCAACAAACAACACAAAAAUGAAAAGAACUUGGCAGUGAGCCUCAACUAAUGAA